UCGGAUGCUCAAGGACAUUUCCUAGUUAUGUCAAGCAGACAAGCCGCAUGUCUCAGCUGUAGACGAAGUAAAAUUCGGUGCAAGAGAGGGGCCACCGGGGCCAUCUGUGAAAAGUGCUCGCACUCGGGUGCCGAAUGCAUCGUACCCGGAGGCUUCCAUGUCGGAAGACAAAAAGGUGUCAAGAACAAACGGACUGGACUCGAGAAGGCCAUUCACCAAGUCGAGGAAGCAUUAAAGAGAUCGAGAGCUGAUUCCAAUGUCAGUACGUCAAACUCUGCAAGCGAGCAACUCCAGCAGCUUCUCAACGAGAUUCGAGGAGGAGCAACAGACAAUGAUGGCGUGUCUGCUCAUCGUCGUGAUGCUUCAUUGAUCUCCAAUGAGGAUGUCGUUCCAUCGGCGAAUCAUGACCAGCUCACACUUGAUGAUGCGGAGAAUCCACUUCAAUUGCUCGCGAGAGCGUCAGAUCUUCGACUCGCUACACCGCCGCCAUUCGACGUUCCAUUUACACCCAGUACGUUCCAUGGAAGCGACCUUGAUUCGCAGUCCGAGGUUCACCGAUUUUUCCUGCCACUGAAAGCCACACUCGAUCAAGGGCUGGUCUACGAUCCUAUUAAUCUAGGACUUGUCACCGUGGAAGAAGCCAACUUUCUCAUGGAUUUCUUUUUCGAUAAUCUGGCGCACACUCGCUGGGGUUUGGACCCAGCAAUCCACACCAUGUCAUUCAUCAGACAACAGUCUGCGUUCCUUUUCACCUCACUUCUUACAGCUUCUUCACUAUUCAUCGCCUCAACAGGAGCUAUUUCCAAAAGGCUGCUCGUGCAUCGGAAAUUACUCGCCGAACAGGUCAUCACCAAGAGAUUUCGAUCGGUUGAGAUUGUACUAGCGUUCAUGGUAAACGUACCCUGGAUGCCUGCCGGAAUCCAUGCCAGCGACGAUGACGCUGCACUUUACAUCUCAACCGCCCUGAGCAUAGCACUAGACCUUUCGCUCAACAAGAUCAUCACUCCAUCGCAAUCUUUUGAUCUAGAAGGGUUGAAGAGGGUCCCCAAAGCGGAUUGUCUAGACGCUAAUAGGGCAUUGGCCAUGGACGGCUUUGAAGAUAUUCCUUCAAAUUCUGAGUGGGGUCGUAGGCUGCUGCGUAGAAGAGAGAGGGUGUGGAUUGCGCUAUUCGUCCUAGAACGCGGCAUUUGCCUCGCUCGAGGUCGCAGUUACUGCGUGCCUAUCACACCACUGCUCCAGUACUGCGAUGAAUGGCAUCGCAAUAGCAUGUCGACUGUCCAGGAUGGUCCGCUUGUUUCUAUGGCAGUUCUUCGUCGAAAUUUGGACGGUCUCUUUAGCGCCGUACGCUCACGAUGCGAUGAGUACCGAAUCACCGAUGUUGGCUCGGAAGUGGCUCAAGAGAUCGAGGCAACCAUCGAGAGAUUUUUUGGCAACUGGCUAGCUACCUGGACCGCGUCUAUUGGGGAAGGCGAGCAGAAAACGCUUCCCCCUUAUGUAGAGAUUCUCGUCACCCACACAAAGCUCUCUACCUAUUCCGGCGUUAUCAACCAUCCGACCGCACCGCUCGAAGUCAAGCGACUAUUUCGCGCCUCCGCUCUAUCGUCUGCCCUCAAUGUGAUGAGGACAACCAUCCAAGGUGAAGCUCGUUUGAAAUCAAUGCCUAAUAACACGGUCACUAUGAUCUGUUUUGCGGCCUGUGUUGCUCUCCAGCUCAGCGCGCCCGCUCCCAGCGGCAACCACAGUCUCGCUCCAAGCGUGCGUCACCUCAUCGACGAGACCGCCACCGUCCUAGAGCGUAUAGGAAACACGCCCAGCCACCGCAACGGCGCAUCUGUGGUCUUUGGCAAGUAUCUUCGUGAAUUGGUCAGACAAGCGCCGGAACUCCCCCGAGCACUUCCACCAGUUCAACCAUCAAGCUAUAUACCUCCAAACUCCACAUCGCCUCCAUUCGCAAUACCAGCCAUGGACCUCUUACAUACUUCCCCGAGUCAUAUGAAUUUUCCGGUGCCUGCUGCUACCAACUCGGGCACAGACUGGCCAGAUCCGUUUCAGUUUUCGGCCAUGUCGGAUAACGAGAUUUUUGAGACUGUGAUGAAUGUUGGGGACUUUGGGUCUUCGCUUUUGGAUGUUUCGGUGCAGGAUGCUAACGCGUUUAUGUGGAUGGAUUGGAUUAACCCGCUGGACCCAGGGCUUCAAUGAGUUGGAUUACCAGUUUCAGUAUAUUCGAUGCCUGAUGUCACCCAGACAUUAUAUCAGAGCCAUAUGCUAUCACUACACACGCCCUCACGCCCUUGACCCGGAGUCUGGAUCGCACCGCGGCUACGUAAUCUCCAGUUCGCGGGCAAAAAUGGUGGUGAUUUUCCACUGGACUUUCAUCAAUGGCCGAUAUCUCCCGCUCAGUCAACUCAUCGGCCAUCACCAUGAUUAUGCGCUACAUGGAAUGGCAGAUGCAGGGCAAAGCAGCUGUCCACGCUCGGAAGUCGGCUGGCCACCCCGCUAUUGGGGGCUUAUUGGACGGGCGGGCAUCUUCGGCGCUACAUCU